AUGGCUGCACUGGGAAAUACAGAGUUCAUAUCGCCGGUCCUGCGAAGACCCUUGAAAGCAAAGCCUGCAAAGGCGAUAGUAUCAGCAAGCAAGCCUUCGACAACUGCGAAACGCUCAAAACAAUCGACAAGAGAGACAUGUGACGCGCUCUGGAAGGCCUCACUCCUUCAAGGUUGCGGAUGCCAGCACUGCAUGCAAGAUCUAUACCACAAGAAUACGCUUGUCGACCACCGCCAGCCCUUUCAUCCGAUCAAAGGAUUAGCACCAGGUCGAAAUGACGCCUGGCAUCUGGCAGAGAUAGCUGUCUCAUGGAUCGCAGCUACUUCUGAGCGCACGGCGUCGAGAGAGGCUGCACUGGCGAAGUGGGCCAAAUGGAAUCGCUUCAACUCUUGCGAGGGACUGGGCAUGCCUUUCAAGGGCCGCGUUCACAACUCACUCAGCAAUGAGGCGUUGGCGGAAGUUGCGGACAUCUUUAACGAACUGUUCUUUGCUGGUCAGCUGCCGUCCUCUCGAGUAAAAAUAUCCUGGGGGAACCUCAACAAAGGCAUGCUGGGCUACACCAAGCGGAACACCUUCGGAGACCGCACAUCACGGAUCUACAUCAACAAGCACCACGACCGCCGCCCAAUGACGAAACAGCUUGUGCUUGCUAUCAUACUCCACGAGAUGAUUCACGCCUACCUUGAACAGUACACAUGCUAUCCCUGGUCGAAGGUAGCGUGCGCUAAGGGCAUGUGUGGCAAGCUCUACACGGCGAACAUCGGGUGCUCUGGCCAUGGUCGCGCGUUUCAUCACAUCGCUAAGACUCUUGAGAUCAAGAUGGAGACGGUGCUGGGCUUCAAAUCUCCUCUCGGACGUCGUGACGGUAGUGCCGAAGAACAGUCUUGUGGGGGAGGCCCACGUCCUUGCAUGCGGGAUGCAAGACGACUUUUUGAGUGGAUGCUGGGAUCGGAAUUCUCGAGAAGCGUAGACGAUGGAUUUCGUGCCUACACGGGAUUGCAGAAGAUGUCACACUUAUGGAUGCCACUGAGCUCCUUGAGAAAGGGUCCUACCAACAGGCGGUAUUCAUGCUGA